GUACACAUGAGAAUCCACGAUGAAGAGGAUCCUUACACCUGCCAACGAUGUGGAAAGAGUUAUGUUCAAACUGCAAGCCUGAAAGUACACAUGAGAACUCACACCGGAGAGAGAGAUUUUACCUGCCAAGAGUGUGGAAAGAGUUUCAAUCGAAAACAAACCCUUCUAAAUCACAUGAAAGUUCACAUUGGACCGCAGCCUUUUGCAUGCCAACAAUGUGAAAAGAGCUUCACAACAGAACUAGACCUGAAGUCACACAUGAACGUUCACACUGGAGAGAAGCCGUUUGAAUGCGAUCAGUGUGGAAAGAGAUUUCUUCGUAAAAUAAGCUUUAAUAACCACUUGAAGAUUCAUUCGGAAGAGAACUGCUUUGUAUGUCAACAAUGCGGAAGACGUUUCGCUCACAAAGCACAUCUUAGAGUCCACAUGAGAGUUCACACUGGAGAAAAGCCUUACUUUUGCAAUCAGUGUGGAAAGAGUUUCACGUAUAAAAAAACUCUCGAGUCCCACAUGAUAAGUCACACUGGAAAGAGCCGUUUCAUCUGUAAAACAUGUGGGAAGGUCUUCACAAACAAGGUGGGCCUCAUGUAUCACAUGAACGUUCACACCGGAGAGAAGCCGUUCAAAUGUAAUCAGUGUGGAAAGAGUUUCAUUUGUAAAGCAAGCCUCAAUAACCACUUGAAGAUUCACUUGGGAGAGAACUGUUUGGUAUGUCAACAGUGUGGAAGAAGUUUCACUGAAAAACGAAGUCUUAAAACCCACAUGAGACUUCACACUGGAGAGAAGCCUUACACCUGCACUCAGUGUGGAAAGAGUUUCACAUAUAAAACAGCUCUUGACUCCCACAUGAUAAGUCACACUGGAAAGAGCCGUUUCAUCUGUAAAACAUGUGGGAAGGUCUUCACAAACAAGGUGGGCCUCAUGUAUCACAUGAACGUUCACACCGGAGAGAAGCCGUUCAAAUGUGAUCAGUGUGGAAAGAGUUUCGCAGGUAAAGCUGCCCUUGAGAGACACAUGAGGAUUCACUCAAAAGAGAAAAAGUUUUAUAUGUAACGAGUGCCAUAAAUUGAUUGGCCUUAGGAGGCAUAGGAGAAUUCACUGGGGAGUGAAACCUCCCAAACGCAACCUGUGUGAAAGGAUUUUACAAUUUAUUAUACCUUCAAGUAUCACAUGAGGCUUCACACCAGAGAGAAGCCUUU